AUGUAGAUGCCGACAUUGAGUACAAUUAGGUCAUAUAAAAGUGAGAGAAAAUAAAAUGUAUAUCUAAUGUGGUAGUUAAACUAAAAAAGAAGUAGGUAAUAUUUUAUGUGCGAAUGCGAUUUAAAUGCUAAAAGAAUCAAUCAAUUCAGUAAAGACACUAAUUUGUAAAAGUUGCAAAAGAAUCAGAGAGAUAAAACAAAAUAGCUAAAAGGAGUAAUAGAUAGCCAAUAUAAGAUAAAUUAACAAAAUUUGUUGCAAUCAAAAGACUAAGCUAGAAUAAUCCCUAAUUUGAUAAUCAAAAUAUUCUAACAAAUCGCAAACUACUGA